AGUCGACAAGAAUCUACACAUGAGGGCGUUAUAGCGUUUUUUCUACAUUCCAAGUUUCCGCUAGAGACUUGAGAUUCAGCGCAGUAGUUUUUGGAAACGGUCGCCGGAUAUGAAGAUACCGAGACAGAUCGUCUACGAACUCGCUCGUGGGUUUAGAGGCCGCAGUAAACGCUGCAUCAAGCUGUCUUCGACUCGUGUUGCCAAAGCCCUGCAGCACUCGUUCACCUCUAGACGCAAUCGCCAAAAGUACAUUAGGGUCCACUGGAUUUCAACCAUCAAUCGCGCAGCCAGAGAGUGGAACAUGAUCUACUCGAGGUUCAUGGGAUCUCUGAAUAGCAUGAACUGUUGGCUCUCGAGAAAGUCGCUCUACAUACUCUCGUUGAAUGAACCGGUAACAUUCAAAAGCAUCGUAGAUGAGUGCAAGUACGCACGCAGCGAACCGAAAACAAAAGUUAGGGAUAUAAGCAACUUGUAAAUGCUGUACAUUUUAUUGCAAUACAGCCUUGUGCCACUAAAUUCUAGUCUUGUACUUUACGGAAUUGUCAAUCUCUCCAGAAAUGUAAAGGUUUAGGGACAUUUUAAGAGUUUCUGUUCUAUAAAGAGACAAUGCAAACUGGGACGGUAGUCCGCAUGCUCUCUAGCGUUUUCAGGGUCUCAGCAUUUUCGCCAGUGUCAGCACAACGGGGUAUCAUGGUUAAGAAUCGGAGCUACCAGCGAUGAGUAAUGUGGACAUUGCGUUGUCACAUCUCAGAUUGUCCCUAUUUUGUGCCAAUGUUGGAACAGUGGCUAAAUGGACACUUUCCAGAGAUGAGUGGAGAGGGACCAUUACAGGUUCCCUCCAGGGUUAAACCUAGAGAGGAGUCAUAAAUGACUAUUUAUAACAUCCUUUGCAUAUGUACGCUCCAGUAGUUGGUCCGUGGACUGAUAAAGUAUCUACGGAACAAAGGAUGAGGAUGCCAAGGUUGAGUUUGCACGAACUGAUUUUUCAAAUAUGGUCUAUAUCAGUGGAUCACCAGACAAGAGAGGUUCAGGAUCCUAUAAAGUUAUUAACAGAUUUCAGUAUACUGUCGAAAUAAUCCAGACGGUUAUCUGUGGUCCAUAGAGACC